CCGGCUGUAGAAGCGGAGAAAAAGUGACAGUUCGCAGUCUUCUUCGAUAUAUGUAAUGCAACGUAAAAUAAAUACCUAGUAAGAUACACAUUAACAAAGAAACAUAUUAGAUGAAAAUAUCUGAAUCUUCUUCUUGCAGGCAGACUAGAUGACUGCUAGGGGAAGUUGACAUUAGUAGUUUAGUGGCUCCUAGAUGCCUGUGUUACAGCCCCAUGAUAUGACCACACAAAAUGGCUGCAGUUCCCCAACACACAGAGCCUCAGCCAAUGCUGAUUGGGCACAAGGUACACCCAUAGGCCAUCAUGGCACCAAAGUUGUCCCCAGGGGAGAAUUUGAUGGGCAAAGUAAAACAUUGCGGUCUCCUAGGAGAUCACAAAGGUACACAGGCCUUAAGCUAAAUGAUGAGUUUGAAGGAAAGUCCAAUCCAACUAGUGAUGCACAUGCAGAAGACAAUCCUGCUGAUGACCAAGUAUUUCAUGAUAAUGGAACACAAGAGAAUGGAGGAGUUGAUAUUGAUGAGCAAAACGCUGAGCUUGAGUCAGGCGGGAAAUAUCCACAUGUUAAAUCUGCAGUUAGGCAUAACUCAUCUACAGCUAAAAGGCAUCAUUCCGCAGCUACGCAAUCUUAUAUCGCAGCUUUGCAGUCCGCUGGUACCCACUCUCAUUCCACAGGGCCCAAUUACAACAGCCACCCAACUACAGCAAGGCAACAUAAAUACAAACAUCGCCAAGUCUCAAAUCUCGAUCAUAGCAAUAAACCCAACAAUCCUUUCUCCUGCAUCCCCGCAGAUUCAUGUAAAUCGGAGCAACAGCGUGAAAAGGAGUUUCUGGCCCUAGAGCAGCGACACGUCCAUGAUGUGUAUGAUCACAUAGCUCCACAUUUUAGUGACACGAGGUAUAAGGCGUGGCCCAAGGUACAGGAGUUUCUGGAGCAGUUAGAGCCGGGUUCCCUUGUGGCAGAUGUAGGAUGUGGUAACGGAAAAUACCUCGGCAUCAACAAGGACAUCUAUAUCUUAGGCUCAGACCACUGCCAUAAACUCGUGGAAAUAUCUGCAUCUAAAGGCCACAAUGCGAUGCUUUGCGACAACCUACAACUUCCUUAUAGGGAUGGUAUUUUUGAUGCGGUGAUAUCCAUAGCAGUAAUCCACCAUUUUUCUACCGCAGAACGUCGUAAUAUGGCCUUAAGAGAAUUGGCGAGGAUUCUACGUCCUGGUGGAGUGUUGAUGGUCUACGUAUGGGCAAUGGAGCAGGAGAAAAGAAAGUUUGAAGCUCAGGAUAUCCUAGUUCCGUGGCAGUUACAUCCGAGACAUAGACGAAGAAGAAGUAACAGCAGCAAACAACGUGGUGAAUACAAGAUCUCCAGUACAAGCUCCAUCAGUGACGAUGAUUUCCCUAAACAAGGAAGUUUUGACAGCAGUGUUUCCGAUCAAAGCCUUGAAACUGGAAGCGAAUCUGAAAGUUCCACAACUCGAGAAAGCGCAUCGAGUGGUACCGAUAGUUCGCGUGAUCCGGGGGAUGAAAUUCAGGUUCACAACAGGAAGUCAUCCUUGCGACAGGAAGCAUUGAGAAUCCUUUCCAGCAUACAGACUUUAACACAGGGGUUUAAAUCGGGAGUGGAUCCCGAGAUAAGCAACGCUGUAGGAAAGGUCAAGGACACUAGUCACGUUACACUCAGGGAUUCAGCUACUUGUGAAGCUGUGUAUGAAACUCCGACUGUUACGCGCUUUACCUCCGAUUUCCGUCCAUUUUUGUCACCAAAUAAGGAGAAAGUUAAAAGAAGCUACUCUGUACCUGCAACAGAGACUUUCUCCCCUAGGACAUUUGUUUCUGGGAAAAAUUCAUCUACACGUGGGACUUCCUUACCUGGGACUCCUGCUCAUAAAUGCGAGAGUAAAAUCACUGGUGCCGGUAAUGUAAAAUCAAAUUCCCACAAACUUGGGACUACUUUCACUGACACUUUUAUACCUAAGACCAUUUCCCCUGAAACACCUAAAUGUGAAUGCCACUCUCAAAUGAGACAGAUGUACAAGGAGAAAAAAUCAGCUUCGGAGGAAAAGCGAUCGUUCAAUUUACUUGAUUUUGUCGUGUCGAAGAUCACCAAGAAACGUUCCAAAUCAGAGACAUCUGCUGAAGAUGACACUCCAAACAGAGAUAAGGUUUACCAGAAACUCAUACAUCAUAUCGUGGAACACGAGGGCCACCAUUUCGGAACGGAAAAUGAUAUUUUCUCUGAUAUUGGUGAUGAAGUAUUCCAAGUGAGGGAAUUUCCCCAAAGCAGUAGACCACAGCCUCGUUCUGAGAAAAUUGAAAGUGAGGCUGGGACAGAUAAUUGCUCAGAUAAGCGUCACAAUAAAUCUGAUCUCAAAGUACAAGCAGAAAAUUGCUCAGUCGAACUCUCUACAUCACGCAUACAGAGAAACGGCACUUUACGUGACGUACCAAAUCGUGAAAAGAUGCUUACUACUCAAUCAUUGAGUGACGCAACAAUGCAUUCCUCCGAGUAUAUCACUAAUAUGCCAGAAUCGAUCAAAGACGCAAUUAUAUCGCAAAAUGCACAGGAUGGAAAUCAGCCAGAAAUCAAGCGCAAUAUUCCGAAACAUAGCACUAGGAAACAAAGCUUCGAGAAACGAAACAUGGACAAAAAUAAAUCAAUCUCAGGGACAAAGAAUGUUGAAACAACUGAGGAACUGCCGGGGCAGUAUCAACGCUAUUAUCAUGUCUUUAAGAAAGGCGAGCUAGUCCGUUUAAUCGAGAAACACGUCAAAGAGCUUGAAGUGCUCGAAUCUUAUUUUGAUCAUGCAAAUUGGUGUGUUAUAGCUAGGAAAGUGCAAUCUUAA